AUUGUCCCGCCGACGUAGCGCCCUCCUCCGCCGCGCAUGCCAACUGGACUAGUCAACCACGGCAGGGUAGGCGACUAGACUAGACUAGUACGCUUCUCUUCUCGCCAUUUGAAUGAAUGCCACCGCCGCUCGAUCCGAUCCUGGCCUGCAUGCUCAAUCUCCGCCGCGCGACUGCUGCCGCCGCCGUCGACGGGCUCUGGUUCUCCUUCUUCUCCACCACGACGACUGCAGGAGGAGCCAUGGAAGAGGAGAAGGCAGCCUCGCCCGUCUCCCGGCACAUCAUGCCGCAUCUCCUCAACAUAUACGGAUCGUGCGCGACGGCUCGGGACUUCGAGAUUUACGCGGCGCAUGCCACAUUCGAGGACCCGCUUAUGCGAGCUCAUGGGGUUAAGCAGAUCAAAUCGGCCUUCUACACACUCCCCAAGUUAUUCGGUGAAUCCAAAAUCGUGGAGUACACAAUUACAGAAAACGAAACCGCGCCCGGAAAAGUCGAGAUACUGAUCGACAACAAGCAGCACUACAAGUUCCUGGGCAGGGCCAUCGACCUGGCGUCGCUCAUCACGCUCGACGUCGAGGACGGCAAGGUUGUGAAGCACCAAGACUGGUGGGACAAGAAGCCUCUCAAGAACAGGGACACGGUGAGCUUCCCGGUGGUCGGCCGGCUGGCGGAGGCGACCCGCCGCGGCGCCAUGCUGCUCACUCACGCUCUCAUGGGCUGCGGCAAGGACCCAUAGGCCAUCGCCUCCGACAGCCCUACAAGUGGACAAUCUCGCUACCCGUAUAAAAAUAUGUUUAAUAUAGUUUAUUCUCUAUUCACUAGUACUACCUCCUUUCCUAAAUAUAUAAAGUUGGUUUGUUUAAUUUUAAACGAAUCAACGUCAUACAAAUAACACGGAGGGAGUACAUUUUAGGUGGACUGUAAAUUAAAGAUUGUACUCCAGAUGAGUAUGACGUUUUUUUGCCUCAUAUCACUAUUAUGUAAUAUCAUUUGUAUCUACUACAGUACAAUGUUUGCUUUACAAUAAUGAAUGUAGUACUACGUUGUAUGUAGCGCAAA